AUGUUGAUAACUGCAAAAGAGCACGAGUAUAAGCCUCUUUCAAAUGCCAAUGAGGACUUAGACCGAGAGGAGCCUCGACCUCAUCUUGCAAAACCAUUAAAGAGACAGUUCACAGUCCCACACAUCAUAUGCUUCGUCGUCUCUCUCAUAACCGCUUUCAUAGUGGGUGUAUUACUCACCCUCUUCAUCUCCACAUCCACAACGUGCAGCUAUGAAUCCGGGACUGUAGAAGACCUACCAAUAGCGCCUCACCUCCCGCUCCCCCAAAUUGCAGGCAAAUUCAAACAUAAAUCUCCUUUCACAGAGGAGCCACCGCGGGAGGGGAACGCUUCAGAGCCUAUAUGGGAUGCGUUAAUACCUAACGGACUGGGCUACUUCAUCCCCGCAGCCACAAACACCUCGAAGCCAAAGUCCUCUUCUGUGGUAAUCCCAUCCGCCUUCCACCAGCUCCACUGCCUCUACCUCCUCCGACGAGCCUAUUAUACACCUGAAUCAGAGCUCCAACGCUUCGACUUCGGUCGGAACCGCUCUGUCCAUGUAGCGCAUUGCUUUGAUUACCUUGCCCAGGCGAUUACCUGUUCGGCGGAUAGUACGCUUGAGCCGGCGGUUGAUACGGAGCAUGGGUUUUUGGGUGCUGGGUUUGCGAGACGGUGUUGGGAUUUUGAGUACUUAAAGAGCGUUGCGGAGAACAGGAGAGCGUUUAACGCGAGUGGAUUUCUGGCUUGGGGGCUUGGAAAGGACGGGAAGGUUGGCUUGGGGUGA